AUGUCGGGACGCGGAAAAGGUGGAAAGGGACUCGGAAAAGGAGGAGCCAAGCGGCACAGAAAAGUUUUACGUGAUAAUAUUCAAGGUAUUACCAAAGUACGUUGAAGAAUUUUUAAUUUAUGUCCUGAAUUUCAUCUCACAAUUUUUUCAGCCAGCCAUUCGUCGUUUGGCUCGUCGUGGUGGAGUAAAACGUAUUUCUGGAUUGAUUUAUGAGGAAACACGUGGAGUUCUCAAGGUGUUCCUCGAAAAUGUGAUUCGUGAUGCUGUCACAUAUUGUGAACACGCUAAAAGAAAGACUGUGACAGCAAUGGAUGUUGUUUAUGCUUUGAAAAGACAAGGAAGAACUCUCUACGGUUUUGGUGGAUAA